AUGAGCAGCAGCACGAAGGAGAUCCCGUGCAAGGACUACAUCGUCCAGGUCGGCCAUGGCCUCCUAGCCUCCGUACCCGCGCAGCUCAAGACGCUCCUGCCCAAGGUCGGCAGCUACAUGGUCAUCUCCGACUCGAACGUCGCGCCGCUCUAUGCGAAGACGCUCCUUGCCGGCUUUACCGACCGCGUCGAGCUCUACGUCAUUCCCGCCGGCGAGGCCAGCAAGUGCCGCCGCAUGAAGCAGACCAUUGAAGACUAUAUGCUCGCCAAGCGCUUCCACCGCGACUGCUGCGUCGUCGCACUUGGAGGCGGCGUCGUCGGCGACCUCGCGGGCUACGUGGCCGCCACCUACAUGCGCGGCGUACCCUUUGUUCAGAUCCCGACGUCGCUGCUUGCCUGCGUCGACUCGUCCAUUGGCGGCAAGACGGGCAUCGACGUUGAAGCGGGCAAGAACCUUAUCGGCGCCUUCCACCAGCCCAAGCGCGUUUUUGUCGACCUCUCGCUCCUCGCAACGCUCCCGAAACGCGAACUCAUCAACGGGAUGGCCGAGAUCAUCAAGGCCGGCGCGAUCUACAGCGAGCCCCUCUUCUCGCUUCUCGAAACCAACGUCGACGCGAUCCUUUCGCUGCAGAAGGACGUUGUGCUCGACGUGGUCGCGCAGUCGAUCGCGGUCAAGACAACGGUCGUCAACCUCGACGUGUCCGAGCAGGGCAUCCGCGCGAUCCUCAACUUUGGCCACAGCAUUGGCCAUGGCAUCGAAGCCAUCAUGCAGCCCGAGCUCCUCCACGGCGAGUGCGUUGCGAUCGGCAUGGUCAAGGAAGCCGAAAUUGCGCGGGGUAUGGGGCUCUGCUCGUCCGCGACCGUCGGGCGCCUCCUCCGCUGCAUCAAGGCGUUUGGCUUGCCCGUGCGCGUGCCGGCGCGGUCGCCGUCCCACGUUGUGCUCACCAACAUGGAAGUCGACAAGAAAAACUCGGGCGCACUCAAGAAGCUCGUGCUGCUCACGUCCAUUGGCGCCGUGCACUCGAACCCCUACACGGUCGCCGUCGACGAUGCGCGCAUUCUGCAUGUGCUCGAGCCGCAGGUCAUGGUGCAGCCGACGGGACCGCUGCAGGGCUCGGUUCACGUGCCAGGCUCCAAGUCGAUCUCAAACCGCGUCUUGUUGCUCGCCGCGCUUGGCAGAGGGACGUGUCGCAUCUCGGGCUUGCUGCACUCGGACGAUACGCAAGUCAUGAUGGACGUGCUGCAGUACCUUGGCUGCGGCUUUGCGUGGGAAGACGACGGCAACGUGCUCGUUGUGCACGGCACGGGCGGUGUCUUCCCCAAGACAAUCCCAUCCCACUGGUACCUCAGCAACGCGGGCACGGCCGCGCGCUUCCUCACGUCCGUCGCGACGUUCUGCGGCGCUGAAAUCACGCUGACGGGCAACCAUCGCAUGCAGGAGCGGCCGAUCGCCGACUUGGUCGACGCGCUUAACGCGAACGGCUGCAAGAUUACGUAUGAAAAGACGGUCGGAUGCCCGCCGCUGCGCAUCCAACCGACAGGGCUGCCUGGUGGCUCGAUGCGCAUGCAAGGCAAGGUCAGCAGCCAGUACGUCUCGUCCGUCUUGCUCAGUGCACCGUACGCCUCGGCGCCGCUCGACUUGCUCCUCGAAGAAGACGCGCCGACGUCACUGCCGUACAUUCUCAUGACGACGCAGCUCAUGGCCGACUUUGGCGUUCAUGUCCAGCAGACGGGCGCCAACCGCUUCUCGGUGCCCCGGGGUGUCUACACCAACCCGGCCACAUACCACGUCGAGGUUGACGCGAGCUCGGCCACGUACCCGUUGGCCCUCGCGGCGAUCACGGGUGGGCGCGUCACCGUCCCUGGCCUCGGCUCGACGUCGACGCAGGGCGACGCAGCCGUCCACACGGUGCUGCGAGCGAUGGGCUGCACGACCGGCCAAGACGCGCACUCGACGUGGGUGCAGGGCCCGGCGUUCGGGACCUUGACGGCUGUGAACGUCGAUAUGAUGACCAUGACGGACGCGUUUAUGACGGUCGCCGUCGUCGCGGCGGCGGCAAAUGGCAAGACGACGAUCACCGGCAUCGCCAACCAGCGUGUGAAAGAGUGCAACCGGAUCCAAGUCAUGGUCACGGAGCUGGCCAAGUGCGGCGUUCUCUGCGGCGAACUGCCCGACGGCCUCUGGAUUCAAGGUCUCGGCGCCAAGGCCCCCCAUUUUCCCCAAACACUGGCCAAGAUUGCGUGCCACAACGACCACCGCAUCGCCAUGUCGUUUGCGGUCCUCGGUGCGGUCUGGCCUCACAUUGUCAUCACGGACAAGGAGUGCACGGACAAGACGUUCCCGUCGUUCUGGGACGAGUGUGCGUCGAGCCUCGCCAUGUCCCUGACGUCGCCGACCUCGGGCAGGACGUCCUCAACCACCAGCGCGCUGCCCCGCUACGUGUUUCUCGUUGGCAUGCGCGGCGCGGGCAAGACGUCCCUCGGCAAGUCGGCGGCAUUGACCUUUGGCCUCGACUGGAUCGACAUGGACGACUACCUCGAGAAGAACGUGUUUCAAACGACCGUCAAGGACUAUGUGGCCGUCCACGGCUGGGACGCGUUCCGUGCCGCCGAAGUUGCCUGCCUCGAGACGUGGAUGACGAGCGCCCCGUCAUCGAGUGGGCCAACCACGAUCAUUUCAUGCGGCGGCGGCCUCGUUGAGUCGCCGGCGGCCGUCGGGAUGCUUCAAGCCUACCCGCUCGUGGUCCACGUCGAGCGAGCGAUUGCGGACAUUGUGGCCUACUUGGAGACGGACGCGGCUCGGCCGGCGUACGGCGAAUCAGUGCUCGAUGUGUGGACCCGUCGGCAGCCGUUGUUCGCUGCGGCGAGCCAGUACCACUUUACCGUCUCGGCCGGCGAUGUCGACUUUGCGCGCAUUAGCGCGGACUUUGGACGCUUUCUCGCCGUCGUGUUGCGCCGGUUCGAUGUCGCGAAGUUGACGCGCAUCCCCGACUCGUAUUUCUUGAGUCUCACGUCCCCGAACUUGCACGCGGUCACCAAAGCGGAAUUGGACGUGCUUGCGACCGGAGUGCACGCGCUUGAGCUUCGCGUCGACCUCCUCGCGUCCACAGAACCCGCGUUUGUCGCUGACCAAGUCGCCCGCCUCCGGUCGCUCUCGCCGCUACCGAUCAUCUACACGGUGCGGUCGCUCAACCAGGGUGGCGCGUACCCGGAUGCCCCAGGGCCCAUCUUUGAUCUACUUCGGCUCGGCCUGCGUCUGGGCUGCGAGGUCGUCGACAUGGAGUGCUGCUGGGAGAGCGCGCUGCAGGCGAGCCUCCUCGAGGCCAAGGGCGGAUCGGCGGUUCUCGCUUCGUACCACGCGAUUCAAGAGCGCUCGACCAAGGAGAAGACUGCUGAGCUUUUUGAUCUAUGCGCGUGGCAAGGCCAGGUCGACAUUGCCAAGGUCGUCCUCAAGGCGUACGACAUUUCGGACGCGUACAUGAUCCACCAAGUGCUCGCCGAGUGCAAAGCGCGCUGGCCGUUCCACAUGCCGACGAUUGCCGUGUGCACCACGCCGUCGGGGUCGCUUAGCCGCGUGCUGAACCGGACGCUGACGCCGGUGACGCACCCUGCGCUGCCCGCGGCCGCCGCGCCCGGUCAGCUCUCGGUCGCGGAGAUCGAGACGCUCCGCAAGACGCUGGGCAUGACGCCAGGCUUGAGCUUCUACUUGUUUGGGAGUCCGAUCGCGCACUCGCCGUCGCCGGCCAUGCACAACGCUGCCUUUGCGGCCCUCCAGCUGCCGCACACGUACGCUCUCUUCGAGUCGACGGACAUCAGCGUCUACAAGAGAGUCCUCAACGACCCGAACUUCGGCGGCGCAUCGGUGACGAUCCCGCACAAAGUUGACAUCAUUCCGUAUCUGCAGAAGCUGAGUCCGGCGGCCUCGGCCAUUGGCGCUGUCAACACCCUCGUCCCGAACCCCGUGACCAAGAGCAUGGAAGGCGACAACACCGACUGGCUGGGCAUCUACCGGCCGAUCGCGCGCCGCCUCUCGCCCACUGCGAAUGGCGGCAACGCACUGGUGAUUGGCGCCGGUGGCACCGCCAUGGCGGCGUGCUAUGCCAUGCAGCAGCUCGGUCUGCACGUGUUCGUCUACAACCGUACGCUGGCCAAGGCGACCGAGGUCGCCGCGCGCUUUCAGAGCACGGCCUUGCCGACGCUCGAGGCCGCGCCGACGAUGCACGUGGUUGUCGGUACGAUUCCCGCCAGUGCGGGCUUCACCUUGCCUCCCGCUCUGCUCCACAAAGCACUGAUCGUGAUGGACGCCGCAUACAAGCCCGCGAUCACACCGAUGCUCGCGCACGCGAGUCGCCAUGGCUGCGUGUGCAUCCAGGGCUACGAAAUGCUCGUGGAGCAAGGCCUUGAGCAGUCCAAGCGCUGGACAGGCGCCAGCGUCCCGAUUGACGUACUCGCCACUGUCGUAAAGGCGCGCUUGGACCCGACCGAGAUCCUGCCUGGCGGCCUCUAAACACCCGUCGAGACGACGAACAGUGCAGACGCCGCAUUGCGACAAUUACGUCAGAUAAUAAUGCAAGCAACUGCUGGUCUCGAA